UGCCAAACCAAUACACACUCUCCUCCUUCAAGCCUCACUAACGCUUUCACCCAUUGCGCACCGAAUCUCCAUUUGCCAUGGAGAAAGAAGAGGGCUUGGAAGAGAGAUCCCUGAGACAAUUCGACGCUCUAGUAGAGCGGGGUAAUCUGCUCUGGCGAAUGACGACCCCGCAAUUGAUCAAAGCGGACCCUUUCAACUUCCAAUUCCGCUCCGCCAACAGCCUCACCGCCAAGCCCAUCCUCUCCUCCACCGACCCGGGCCGCAGCAAGUCCACAAACGCGUUCUCAGACACGGACCCUGACUUCUUUCUCUCCCACAUCGGGUCCUCACACACUCUAAUCCUAAACAAAUACUGCGUUGUCCGCCCGCAGUUCCUUCUACACACCAACACCUUCAUCCCGCAAUCUGAUCACCUGACUGAAUCCGAUCUUGCUGCUGCUUGGACUGUGCUUUCUAGUCUGACAAGAGGGAAGUAUAUCGUGAUUUACAAUUGUGGGUUUGAGGGCGGGAGUAGUGUUGGGCAUAAACAUCUGCAGAUCUUGCCGCGGCCGAAAAAGGAGGAGGGGUUUGAAUUUUUUCCUGAUUUGUUGAGUAUAGAUUCAGAUACUUCCACGGUCCCAAAGAUCCCCUUCCGGCAUUCAGUGAAGAAACUCCUUCUUUCACCAAGUGCAGCUCAGCUGGUUGGGAUUUAUAAGAGUUUGGUUGAGCAAGUAAAGGUGCAAGAAGCAGCAGGGCAUAAUGUACUGCUCACGGAGGAUUGGAUACUAGUUAUCCCGAGAACGAAGGGGAGAAAGGGGAUUUUGUCUGCGAAUGCGGCGGCGAUGGCAGGGAUGGUGUGGGUUACGGGAGAGGAAGAGGUGAGGCAAUGGGUGGAAGCCGGACCUAUGAAAUUGCUGUGUGAAUUUGGGGUUGUUGAUCAGGAGGUGGGUUGAGACCCGGAUGUUUGGAACCAAUAGUCUGCUCGUAGUACAGUACGUGUAGAGAAGAGUAAUCUGGAUAUGUUUGUGCUUAAGAUCAAUUCCUUGUGAGCAACCCGC